GUCAAGUUAUAGUAAGAUAACUUAAAAAUUUAUAGGUAAUUAAAAAUGUGUUAUUAUUGUAAAUAGGCGACUCUCGUUUCUACUAAAAUUUUUAUGAUAUCUAUUAUUUAAGAAAUUUUCGACUAGCAUCAAAUUCGAAAUAAUUAAUGCUUUUAAAAUUUUCAGUAGUUGAAUGCUUAUUAAACAUCCCUGUGUGAUUGUGAUUUAGUAUUUGUAUUAUCAUGUCUUCAUGAAAAUUACAUUUGGAUCGUUAGAAAUGGAUAAUGUAAAAGAUCUUUGUAGAUUAUGUGCCAAAAAGGAAGAGCUAUCAAAAGAUUUAUUGGAUGUAAAUAACAAAAGUGUAUUAAAAUUAAUUCAAGAUUUUGUACAGAUAGCCAUUAUAGAAAAUGAUGGGCUACCUACAAAAAUAUGUUUAAAUUGUGAAGAAAAAAUAGUAUCAUUCCAAUUAUUCAUUUUGGAAUGUUAUAAGGUGCAAGAUACCCUUAAAAAAAUAUAUUUAGAUAAUUUCAACAUAAAACAUGAAGAUGAGUCACUUUUAUACACAAAUCCUGUUAUUAAGUCAGAGGUCAAAGAUGAACUUACUGCUGAAGAUAUUGUGUUAGGUGCUAUUGAUAAUGAGAUAUCUGAGUAUGAUGGAGUAGACUUUUCAGUAUUUGAUGAUCAUAAAAGUGAUGACACUGGUGAUGAUGACGACGAGGCGGACAAUAUUACUUUAGCUUCUUUGAAAAAAGAAAAAGGGAAACAUAUUAAGAAAAAAAAUAUUAGUGAAGAAGCUGCUGCAGACUUUAAUGAACUAUUGAAAAAAUCUAAUUUAAAAGUAAAAGACUUUGUCAAACUGCAUUGUGAUAUGUGUGAUCUGAAAAUGAAGACAUGGAGUGAGUUGACUGUCCAUUAUGGCAAAAUACACAAAAGGAAACCCUAUGUUUUAUGUAUCUGUGGGUACAUAAUCCACUCUAAGAGUGUACUAUAUAAGCAUGUUUCGGACCAUAAAAUAGAAAGUAGCAAGUUACACAAUACAUCGCAAGAUAUGGGAAAACCAACGAAUGUUAAUUAUUCUUCACUCAAGAUCCGUGAUUUUGUUGAUUUUACGUGUAAUAUUUGUAAUAAAAAGCAUUCCAGUUGGUACAGAUUAAAAUCACACACUUCCUACAAUCACAAGGUACUGCCUGUUGUUAAAUGCAUUUGUGGUAUAACGCUUAAAUCGAAAUCGGUUCUCUAUAAACAUAUUCAAGAUCAUAGAAAUCCAAAUGUUUUAUGUUGUGACAAAUGCCCUCGAAUAACCAAGACUGUUGAAGCUUUAAAUAAACACAAAAUGAGACAUGUUCCUAAAUCAGAAAGAAAGUUCUAUUGCAAUUCUUGUGACAAAGUGUUUAAUACGAAAGAUGGUUUAAAAUCUCACGAAAAAUCUCAUAUACCAAUUGAAGAAAGAAAAAUUUAUCAUUGUGAAGUAUGUAACCUCAAAUUUACGACGCGGUCCUCAGCUGCAUCCCACAAACGCGUAGUGCACGAUAAGAUCAAGAGUUACGUGUGUGACUUGUGUGGCUAUGCCUGCGGCACCAGCGGCGAGCUGCGACAACAUCGAGCUAUACACAGUGAUGACAAACCCUUCGUUUGCGGAAAGUGCUUUAAGCCGUUUAAGACACAUUCGAACUUGAAGACUCAUAUUGAUACGCACGAAGAUACAUCGUAUACAUGCGAUGUUUGUAAUCGUGUUCUCAACAGUCGACGCACACUAAGAAAACAUUUGCUCGUGCACGAAGAAAAAUGUAGGCAUGUUUGCUCAUACUGUCAUAAAGCUUUUAAAAGAAGACAAACACUAAAGGUUCACCUGUAUACUCACACGGGCGACAAGCCGCUGUCUUGCAAAUGGUGCAGCGAGCGGUUCGCGUAUGCGUCAACACUCCGCUCACACCGAUUGCGCUGUCACCCGGACAAGCUGGCCGCGCAGCCCGCACACUCAUACCAGCCCUACCGACAUCUGCCCGCACAGGAGGAUUAUAUCAAGAACGACUUAGUGACUAUUAACGGAGCAAAGAAUGAAACAGAGGCUAUGUAAAAGAAUUGGGAAUAAAAGAUGCAUUACUAACUCGGAAUGUUGGCCGCGAACUUUGGGAGGAUAAGGCAAAGCGGAGCCAGCAUACACAAAAAGUCAAUUCUAAUAAAAAGGUGCGUAGUUUUAUUUCUCAACAAAACAACGAAGUUAGUCGCUAUUUCGACAGAAUCUUGUAUACUAAAUGCGUUUUUCUAAUUU